AUGCUCCUCACGGCGGGCGAAACGCUUCGGUUGUGGUUACUAUCGGCUCUGGUGGUUCACGGAGCGGUGGCCGGCAAUCCGGACGCCAAAAGACUGUACGACGAUUUGCUGAGUAAUUACAACAAACUGGUACGACCGGUGGUCAAUACGUCAGACGUUCUGCGAGUAUGUAUAAAGCUCAAGCUGUCACAGCUGAUUGAUGUGAAUCUCAAAAAUCAGAUUAUGACCACAAACCUUUGGGUGGAGCAGUCCUGGUAUGAUUAUAAACUGCGAUGGGAACCGAAGGAAUACGGUGGCGUCCAGAUGUUGCACGUUCCAUCGGAUCACAUCUGGCGGCCGGACAUUGUGCUGUACAAUAAUGCUGAUGGUCAUUAUGAGGUAACCCUAAUGACUAAGGCAACAGUAUAUAAUACUGGUUUGGUUAUUUGGCAGCCCCCCGCCGUGUACAAAUCGUCGUGUUCAAUCGAUGUGGAAUAUUUUCCAUAUGAUGUCCAGACAUGUGUCCUAAAGCUGGGAAGCUGGACCUAUGACGGGUUUAAGGUUGAUCUGCGCCACAUGGACGAACAAUCGGGCAGCAACGUGGUAGACGUGGGCGUUGAUCUAUCCGAAUUUUACAUGUCCGUAGAAUGGGAUAUCCUUGAGGUUCCGGCCGUACGAAACGAAAAAUUUUACACAUGUUGUGAUGAACCUUACCUGGACAUUACGUUCAACAUAACGAUGAGGCGGAAAACUCUCUUCUACACCGUUAACAUAAUUAUACCCUGCAUGGGAAUAUCGUUUCUAACGGUGCUGACGUUUUAUCUACCUUCCGAUAGUGGAGAAAAGGUCACACUAUCGAUAUCAAUUUUAAUUAGCCUUCAUGUGUUCUUCCUGCUGGUAGUAGAAAUCAUUCCACCAACUUCGCUAGUUGUUCCUUUGUUGGGAAAAUAUCUGAUAUUUGCUAUGAUACUUGUUUCGAUUAGUAUAUGUGUUACGGUAGUAGUACUGAAUGUGCAUUUCCGAUCACCUCAAACCCACAGGAUGGCGCCGUGGGUCAAAUCAUUCUUCAUCGACUUUUUACCUCGUUUCCUUUUUAUGAAACGACCGGCAUACAUCGAAAACCAUAGAAAAUUGCUAUCCAAAGAACCACACGCUUGCUUUUAUCCUUAUUAUUCAACAAGCACAUUAAACCGCGUAGCUCGUUUUCAUAAUAGGAUAUCAUCAAAAGAUGAUCUAUCUCCAUUAAGUCUGUCAGGCACGGGACCAUUCGGCGGCAGCUGUCAGAUUCAUGGCCCCCUGCAGGUACCGCACUCAGAAUCGGAAGAAAUGUCCCUGUCAACGGCGACCGACACCGCAGUUCCGUCGGGAAUCAAAAGUCCCGUCUUCCAGCAGCCACCGUACAUACACUCGCGCUGUCCGGUCGAGGUUCACCGGAGCUGCUUCUGCGUUCGGUUCAUUGCGGAGCACACGAAAAUGCUGGAGGACUCAACGAAGGUUAAAGAGGAUUGGAAAUACGUGGCCAUGGUUCUCGAUCGUCUGUUUCUGUGGAUCUUCACCUUGGCAGUACUGGCGGGAACGGCGGGAAUAAUUCUGCAGGCCCCAACCCUGUACGACGAUCGAAUACCGAUAGAUAAAACAUUCGACGAAUUAGCCACUUCGACCGUCGUUCGUUGUCCACCACAAUAG